AUGAGGAUCUUGAAGUGGACUCCGGGUUUCCGAUUUGAAGAAGAUCCGCCGGUAGUGCCUAUUUGGGUUUCUCUCUAUGAUUUGCCCAUUGAAUUUAUGCAUUCGGAGGUAAUCUAUUCGAUGGCUACAGCUUUGGGCCAGCCAUUGAAGGUUGAUACGCCCACUUUGAACAUGACAUGCCCCUCUGUCGCACGUUUUUGCGUUGAAGUCGACCUAACUAGAGAUUUACUAAAAUCGGCUAGGAUUGGCAAGAAGGGUCAUAAGCAUGAACAAAUUUUUACCUUUGAGCAUGUCCCAUCAUAUUGCGUUAAAUGUAGUAAGAUUGGGCAUAAGGAUUUUGAUUGUCGAAUGGGCAAGCCACUUCCGCAGAAUAACAAAGUUGAACCCUCGGUUGCAAAGAAAAAGGGGAUAAUUCUAGCUCAGUUGAAACCAAAAGUGACUUUCAAAGAGCAGAAUAAGAAGCCUGGUUUGGAGGUGGAGAUUCUGCAAUUGGAUCCUUUGAUUGCUAAGGGGAUUGAAACGGAAGGGGAUAAGUCGCUUGUUCAUCUGUCGUGGUCAGCGAAAACCCUAGAAACCCUAGAGGCGCACACGAUGGUGACUCCAGCUGUGGAAACCCUAGAGCAGCGACGGGUUGAAUCAACCUCUGGCUUGUCGAUGAAGGAGAAAGAGCUAAUUUUGGUGGAUCUUCAGCCGUCUCCGGACAGGAUUGAUGUCGAGUCUCAACCAGUCAUAAACCCCAAAUCUCCCGAAAACAGAGAAUAA